AUGACAGGUGAAGAUAAGGUGGUAGAAAGGAAAGCUGUUGGACCACAAAAGGCCCCACCGGCAUACAAGGAAGGUCAGAAUUAUGAAGACUGGCGGUUGGAUAUUGACCUAUGGAAUACUUUCACAUCCUACGAAAAGAAGCGUCGGGCAACUGCAUUCCUUUUGGAAUUGUCUGAGGGACCGGUGAAGAACCAUGUGAGAUCGUUAGGAAUAGACGUCUUAACUGCUGAUGACGGGUUGGACAAAGUUAUAAAACGCCUGGACAGUAUAUACCAGGAGGACUCAUCUCACAUGGCAUAUCGAGCAUAUUGUCGAUUUGAAAAGUUUGAACGUCAAGAGGGUAUGAAUCUUCAGGCAUUUAUUUCUGAAUUCGCUAAGUUGUAUGAAGACCUGAGGAAACACAAGAUGGAACUGCCAGAUGCAAUACUAGCAUAUAGAGUUCUAAACAGUGCAAAUCUGUCAAGUGAAAAAGUGGAUCUUGCACUGGCAACGGUUAAAGCGUUUACAUAUGCAGAAAUGAUCUCAACGAUAUCAAAGAUUUUUUCUGUACAUGUGAACAGAUCAGGACUUGACCAAGUGACGGGGUCUUGUAUCAAGACUGAACCAGAAGAGUCAUGUAAUUUUACCUCCCAUGGUUACAGACGGAGUAGAGGACAAGAUAGAGGAGGUCCCAUGAGGAGUAGGGGAACUCUUAGAAAUCAGGGGAAUCCGUAUGUGAGAGGUAAGAGGCCCAGAUCUCAGAUCAAUUGCUUCAACUGUGGGAAGAAUGGUCACUACUCAAGAGAGUGUACUAAUCAAGCAGCACCAAACCCAAAUUGGAGAUCUGAACAAGGGACAUCGAGAAAUUUCUUGGUUCAAGGUCAACCUGCUGAGAUGGAAGUAGAUGACUCAUUGUCACGUACAUACAUAACAUUGCUUACUACAGUGGCUGAUCCAGAGUCUGUGCUUUACCAGCAAAACAGUGAAGUGAAUUCACUAGUUUUUGAGACUCUUUCUUGUGCAGUUAUCGAUUCAGGUUGUACAAAAUCUGUCGUUGGCGAGAAUUGGGUCAGCCAGUACAUAGAAACACUUGAUGAUGCUGAGAGAGGGAUCAUGAUGUCUUCAACUAGCUGCCAGACACCUUUCACGUUUGGAGAUGGUAAGUCAGUUGUGUCAAAUAAGCUCAUUAAAAUUCCUGGAAGAAUCGGAAGCAAAAGAAUCUUGAUUGAGGCAAAUGUUGUCAAAUGUGAUAUUCCUCUUCUGCUGAGCAAGCCUGCAUUAAAAAAGGUUGGUGCAAUCCUUAACUUUCUUGAAGAUACUCUCGAGUUCAAUGGAGAGAAAAUACCCCUUUUGGAGUGCAAAUCUGGACACUAUUGUGUGCCUAUCUGUAACAAAAAGAGGAGUCUUGUGGACUCCAGUGUGAAAGUAUUUCUCACAGUUACAGAUGAAACUUUUGGUGGGAACAACAAAAAGCUUAUGGCGAAAAAGGCACUUAAACUCCACAGACAGUUUGCCCAUGCACCGAUGUACAAACUAAAGACCCUCCUAAAGAAUGCAGGUUUUGACUCUAAACUAUUUCUUGAGGUACUAGAGGAUGUAUGCCAAAAGUGUGAAGUGUGUCAAAGAUACUCUAAGCCAAAGCCCAGACCAGUAGUUGGUCUCCCACGAGGAACAGUGUUUAAUGAUUGUGUAGCUAUGGACUUGAAAACGGUCCAGGGAGAGGUAACAUUUCUGCACAUGAUUGACUGUGCUACACGAUAUUCAGUUGCAUUGUUGGUUCCAAAUAAACGAAAAGAGACAAUUGUAGAGGCAAUCUGUUCUGGGUGGAUAGCACAGUUCUGGCCUCCCCGCCGUUUUAUGGCCGAUAAUGGAGGGGAGUUUUCUAAUGCAGAAUAUGUAGAAAUGUGUGAGAGAUUCAAUAUCGAAUCACAACAAUCGGCAGCUGAAAGUCCUUUUAGCAAUGGUAUGGUUGAACGCCAUCAUCAAGUUCUAGCUGAAAGUAUGAUAAAGACAAAGCAAGAUUCGAAUUGUUCGUGGAAAACAGCUUUGAGCUGGGCACUUAGUGCUAAAAACUCUUUACAAAUGACGGGUGGGUAUUCACCCAUGCAGUUGGUUAUGGGUAGAAAUCCAUCUUUCCCCAAUGUGAUAGACAGUAAGCUUCCUGCAAUGGAAUCGAGUAGUAGUGUCUGUAGUGAAACUGUAGAGAAUCAUCUAAGAGCAAUGAGGAUUGCCAGAGAGGGGUUUAUAAGAGCAGAGAAUAGUUCCAAGAUCAUGAGAGCUUUGAAAAGCCAGGUCAGAACAUGUAAUGAUGUUCAUCUCGAUCCAGGGGAAAAGAUUUUCUAUAAAAGAAACAACAGUGACUCCUGGCAUGGACCAGGUGUUGUCAUAGGUCGGGAUGGUCAGACGUUUGUUGUAAAGCAUGGAUUUCAAAUCAUCAAGGUACAUCCUUGUCACAUUAAGCCAACAUAUGUCCCUGAAUUAGAAGAAACUGGUAAUUUGAAGGACAAAAGUGAUCCCGUCAGUGUCAAAGCUCCUUCAGAAUCGAACGAUGAUGAAUUAUCUGACUUUGAGAAAAAUAUGACAAGAACAGAAGAAAGAAAUCUGGAUGAAAAUGACAGUUUGCCAUUGGCUCAGGCGCAAAUAACUGAUGAAAUAGAUACUCCUUCUAGUGCUCCUGUAAGCACAGCCAGUGUUAAUGGUAAUGGAAAUAAAAACCUGCCUAAGACGAAAACUUCUGUGAUGUACAAACCCAAGUACCCUGAAGAGGGAGAAGAGGAUGUCUGGGAGAAGGCUUACAUCCUUAGUAGAGCAGGUAAGGCUGGAGGAAAAUACAAAAACUGCCUGAACAUUCAGCUUGAUGGGGAGGAAGAAACUCAUUGUGUCGACUGGUUUGAGUUAACAGAGGAAUGGCACGAAGAUACAGAAGAGGAGCAGGAACAUGAAGUUAUGUUUACAAGCGUUACAGAUUCAUGUGAACAAGCAAUUGUUGAUGCUAAGGAGGCAGAGCUUGAAAAGUUUUGUACCAAUAAAGUCUAUGAGGAAGUUCCUGAUGAAGGUCAGAAAACGAUUGGUGUGAGGUGGGUAAUCACAAAGAAGAUAAAGAAUACCACGAAUGUGUACAAGGCACGGUUAGUUGCUCUAGGCUAUCAGGAGAAAAAUCAAGCAAUACGAUCAGAUUCCCCAACAUGCAGUAGGGACUCAAUCAGAUUGGCAAUUACUCUUUUGCAAGCAGAGCAUUGGAAACUGCAGCACAUUGAUGUACAGGCUGCUUUUCUACAGGGAAAAGAUAUCUCAAGAACAGUAUACAUUAAACCACCAAAUGAAGCUAAGGUAUCUGGAAAAUUGUGGAAACUCCUCAAAUGCAUCUAUGGCUUGGUCGAUGGUCCAAGAAUGUGGUAUGUCGAACUAAGAGAUACCCUAGUAGAGCUUGGUGUAACAGUGUCAGUGUACGAUGAAUCAUUUUUCUUUUUACAGAGAAAUGAUAAGCCGUGUGGGAUCAUAGUGAUCCAUGUUGAUGAUCUUAUGUUUGGAGGACUGGAAAUAUUCAUCAAAGAGGUCAUUGGUGCCUUAAAAAUGAAAUACAAGCUCAGUAUGGAAGUCGAUACAUCCUUUACGUACACUGGGCUCGAUCUCAGUCAAAGUUACAGGGCAAUCAAAAUAUCACAGCUGGGUUAUGUAAAUCAAGUGAGCAGAAUCAAAAUCGACCAGAACAAAGUAAAACUGAAUGCAUGUCCAAUCAAUGAGGCAGAAAGAAGUCAGUUGCGAUCAGUAGCAGGACAGCUGCUCUGGGCAGCAACACAGUCACGACCAGAUAUUGCGUAUGGCACAUGCAUUGCAUCCAACUCCUAUGCUUCGGGAACGAUCAAAGAUCUGAAACUGGUGAACAAGACAAUUGUGUUUAUGCAGAAAAACCCACUGUCAAUCAGGUUUCCUUCACUUGACCUUCAACACACAACAAUGGUUGUAUUCAGUGAUGCUUCCUUUGGUAACCUGGCUGAUGGAUCCUCACAAGGUGGGCAUCUUGUAUUGAUGGUUGACCGAUCUGGUCAGUGCUGUCCACUUACAUGGCAGAGUAGAAAGAUAAAGAAAGUAUGUAAGAGCACAUUAGCUGCUGAAAGUUGGGCAUUAGUUGACGGCCUGGAGUCUGCUGAGCUGAUUAAAGCGCAGUGGAAUGAAAUUGUGAAAAUAGAUGUUCCUAUAGUCUGUAUAACGGAUUGCAAGUCUCUCUUUGAUGCUGUGAAAACAACAAACACCCUUGAAGACAAAGGGUUGAGGAUUCCCAUGGCUUGUCUAAGACAACGAUUCAACAGAAAUGAAGUACGUUAUGUGUGGGUUCCAACAAAUCUCCAGCUUGCAGACUGUUUGACAAAGGCUGGUGCAUCUUCGUCUUUGUUGCGUGAGGUGUUAGAAAAAGGGACACUUCCUAGUGAACUGAGACAGUACUCUGUAUUGUAA